AUGGACCAAGUCGUCGAGAUGCUCACGCCGUCCAAUCCCUCCGGGCAGCAGUGGAACAUCCGAAAUUUUACCUCCUACAUCCAUACUAGCAUACAGGCACGCGACAUGAUAGGCCUCGUCACCGACAAGAGGCACAAAGCGACCGCGCCUGUAGAUGACGACACAAUCACCGUAUCCGUGGCCAUUGCCAUCAUGGGCGUGCUCAUCGUCCUCGGUCUGCUUAUCGGCGUCGUCUUCUACUGUGCCUACUGCUGCUCGUGCCCGUCCCGCCGCAGAAAGCCUGUUGAUCCAGAGCAGGGCCAAGAACUCGAUGAUCUUCCUCGUCGACAAAGCACAGCCGACACUCUUCUGCCUCGGCGCGCUAUGCCUAUGCAAUCCAUCCUCAAGAACCGCGCAAGACCCAACACGACGGUAUAG